AUGGAAAUCAACGACAGAUAUUCUGGAGUCCUCCACUCCCUCUGCGCGCUAUGCGAGGACAUUCUGUUUGCGCCCGAUCACGUUGAAGCAUCAUCAGUGCUGGAGCACAGGGACUGCUAAACGUACGAGCGGACAACACUGCCAGCUACUACCUGUUAAGACGUUCUGUUCCGGGGAGCUAGUGUUGUCGUCUUUGCCGAGGGGCGAAGACUAAGGAUCUGGGCGACGGGGUCGAUACGCCGUUUUCGGAGAAGAAGCGUCGAACACUUGGUACGUGCGAUAUGACGUUGCGUGUGGUCCCACAGCAGAAUAGAGAGCGCUGGCUGACAGCGGUCAGCGCACAGCCGUGAUACGUAUCGCUAUCCCGGAGGGAUAGAGGGGCAUAGGCCAGACGGGCACAACCGCCAUGUGUUGACAGGCGGAUGUGCAUAUGAGGUGUUGCUGUUCAUAGGGGCUUGCUCACAGCAGGGCGGUGCCUCGCUGAUGAUGAUGCGAAAUGCGGCGCGUGCGCUGGUGUGCAUGGAGCGGCGCAAUUUCAAUGACAAAUGACAAGCCAAGGGUGAAUACGCGACAGAAGAUAUCAUACGAGUAGGCCAGACAUGACCGCAAACCCUUUUGCGUGCGAAGAGGGUGUUACACCGACCGCUGGAGCGGACCAGUUUGGUUUGUUUGUUUUGUGUACAAACUUCAACGCGUGUGCCGGCACACACGGCCAAGCGGAGAAAUACAGCAUAUAGACUAUAUAUAUAUGUCGCCGGGCGAAUAUAAUUUUAAGGUCGGGUACAGCAGUCUCGGAGACUGCUGUGGUGUGGUUGUGCUCACACCGAUUACAAUGACCAGACAAGCUACAAGUUUGAGUGCAGGUCAUUAAUUACACGACGAGGCACGCAUAAUUGCGGGUAGGUCCGUCGGAUCGAGGAAGAGGGGCCCAGAGACGAAAUACAACCUAAUCCGUCGGCCCGAGGAAAGGUGGUGGGUAUCCACACCCACACCCAACACACGUUAAUUUCGCAGCAACUUGUUUUUCGCGUACACUUGAUGGACGGGUAUCUUUUUUUUUCCCACGAGGAUUUCCAGAAGUCAAUGUGGACCGGAUAAAAAGAUGGGGCGAUGAUUGAUGUAAACCAUAAUGGCUGAUCAUCUGGCGAUGAGUUGUGGUUCUCGAGGUGUAGCACGUAUGUCGCUGGUGCGAUUGCGGGACGGAUUGCGGCCGUCAGGAAAUCCGGGUGCCGAUUUUGUACGCACGAAUAUGGUCGUUGUGUAUGGAAAAAUCGAUGGCACGGCCGGCAGAAUCGAUUCAAUAUAUAGAGCAAGCUGGUACGCUUGGGCGUAUGAUGCUGGCUCACGGUUAUUGAUCGUAGACCAGGGUACGGAUCAUAUGAGAGAUGAGACGUGGUGGUCAGGAGUCGCUGGUGCGGCUGGAAUACUGUGUGCGGUCGUGGUGUACAUUCGCAUACUGAAUGUUACUCAACCGAUUUGCACGUAUGACUGCGGUGUUCGUUGACACGGACGAAUCGGUCGAGAAAAUAAGAGACACGACUCGGUAUAUACAGGUGGUAAUGGUACCACGCUGCAUAUACCAAUGGUCACGCUAGAGCCUUCCGAUACGGUCAUCUGGUGAUGAGACGUGGUGGUCAGGCG